AUGGAUGUGGAGAAAGCUUGCUUUUUGGGUAUAACUGCGGAUGAGGAAUAUGGCGGGCUUGCCCUUGGCUACGAGGCGCAUGCGACUGUUAUGGAGGAGCUUAGCAAAGCAUCAGGCAGUAUCGGAUUAUCGUACGCGGCACAUUCACAACUCUGUGUCAAUCAACUAUCCUUGAAUGGGACCGCGCAGCAGAAAGCGCGACUUCUGCCCGGGCUAGUCUCCGGAGAGAAGAUUGGUGCUCUGGCGAUGUCAGAACACUCUGCUGGAAGCGACGUUGUAAGCAUGAAGACGAAAGCUGCCAAGGGCCCGGACGCACACCACAUCAUCGUUUACGCAAAAUCGCAGCCAGAACUAGGUUCCAAAGGUAUUACGGCUUUCAUCGUCCACGCUUCUUCCAAAGGCUUCUCCGUCGCCCGAAAGCUGGACAAACUGGGCAUGCGUGGCUCCAACACCGGUGAGCUGAUUUUCGAGGAUGUCUUUGUACCAGAAGAGGACAUCCUUGGCCAAGUGCAUGGGGGUGUCAGAGUGCUUAUGGAAGGUCUUGACAUUGAGCGUUUGGUGUUGAGUGCUGGUCCACUAGGGCAUGGAAAACUGGCGGAUAUGUAUACCAAGUACCGGGCAUCUAGCUCCUAUACCUACUCAGUCGCUCAAGCGUUCGAUACCGCAUAUGCUAGCCCUGACAAUCGGCCAAUCACGCAAGAUUGUGCUGGUGCUAUACUCUACGCUGCAGAGCGGGCUACGGAGUGUGCACUUGAUGCUGUACAGCUCAUGGGUGGUAUGGGCUAUAUGAACGAGGUUCCUGCGGGAAGACUUCUUCGGGAUGCAAAGUUGUAUGAAAUCGGUGCAGGUACGAGCGAAGUCAGACGGGUCGUGAUCGGCCGAGCGUUCAAUAAAGAAUAUGCAGCAACGAGAUGA